AUGGCCCCUCGACCUCGUCCCGAAGAUGGCUUGUUCCAAGCGAGUGCGGAAGAAAAACCGUACUUGCACACGGGACGACGACGCAGCAGCUUGCUGAGUGGUUGGGAAGAGCACGAAGAUACGGAAACACUGCUGUCCUCCUCGAAUAGUGAAAUGAAUUUUGAGUUGACGAGCUGCAGCGGCAGUCAAGAUGAUCACGGCUGUGAUCCAUUGCUGGGCGGUAGUAUUUCGGAUAUUUUGGCUCACGAUCACCAUGAGCAAGACACGGCGUGCGACGGAGCCAUUGCCGCCAUGAUGUCGGCCGAAUGGAAUCGACAAUACCGCCAAAAGCGAAAACAACAAUUGGAAGAAAACAACAAGAAUAAUGCCGACAAGCCGUGGACGCUCCGUCAACAAAUCGCCUGUGUCAUGGCAGGAUUGCUCGUGGCGGGGUUGGUUCUCGGAUUGUGCGUCUUUUCCAUUCAAUACGGAUUGGGAGCCGGUAAAAAGAGUCACUACGUGUGUCCCACUACACUGGACGGUAUUCUGUCUGCUAGCUAUAAUCAGACGCAACUCUGUGGUGAUGAGGGCAUUCUCGAGGAGCAGUGCACCUGCCAAGAUCCCACGCUUCCGCAGCCCGUGGAUGCAUCCAUACUGGACGCGGAGCAACACGCCCAACAAGAGGCAGCCGCCCUCGAUGUCAUCUUUCUUGGAAAGCUAUUUGACGACGACGACAACGAACCGACAUCAUGGAUGGAUGACGGUCUGCACAGUCUCGAAAUUGGAACCCAAGGAGAACAGUCCUCCACAAUCCUCUAUCGAUUCGACCAGGAACUCAUGCCAGCGGUACCACCCAAGGUUUGGUGGAUCACUCUGGACCACCACGACACGAAUAAUAAUAAUAACGACUGCAGUCUCGAUGCCACCCAAGCCGGCGUGGUGCACGUCGUACAACGAAUACUCCAAGCAUCGCCCACGGCCCAAAUCAUUCUCAGUCCGUCUUCCGGUACCAUCACGCCCUGGAAUGAACGCCUCCAAUGCAUUGCCUCUACCACGUACAAUGUCGAAUACAUGAAUCCCUUUGUCAGUAGUAGUCAAGUGGAAGACGAAGAAGAUGACGAUGACUUUUUUGUCGAUGUCUCGAGUAGUACCUCCUCCACCAGUUCCAUCUUGAGCAGAGAAGAAGCACAACAAGCCGUCGUGCUCAAGUUGCAAGAAUUGCUACACACAAUUAAUUAA